UUAAAAGGUGUGUGGCUAGCCUUGCAAAAACAUCACAUGAUGGCGAACCCAUUCGACGAAGGACCACAAAGAAAUUAUGGCAGUGUCUCUGGACAGGGUGGACGUGGUUUUAGUAGAGAGUCCUCUGGUUCAGAUUCAGAAUUUCAUCGAAUGCGUAACACCAUUUCUCACGCCUGCUCAGAAAUUAACAGCCAAACUAACGAAUUAAAGUCUUUGUGUAAAAAAAUUGGAGGAAGACAAGAUGACGCCGAGUUAAGGCAGCGAAUUCUUGCUGUAAGGAAAGCAGCAUUUGAAAAUGUGGAGACGACCACAGAGACUUUCAAUACAUUAAUGACACGUUAUGGUCGAAGCAAUGAUAGAGAACAUACAAUUGCUAUCGAGUCACUACAAAAGAACUUCAGUAGAAUAGCUAACGAGUUUUCUCAAGCCUACGAGAGGAUCGUCGGUCGUCUACAGGAGAAUCCCAGACCUCGUGUCACUGACAGCGUCGUCAAUACAUCUGCUUCUGAUGACACCAUUCCAAUAUUAGAGGCAGAGCAGCAGCUGCAUGAGCAAGACCAGAUUCACGUCUCCUACACUGAGCAAAGAGCUGAAGCUGUAGAAAAUCUAGCAUCUGAAAUGCUCCAUUUGCAAGACAUAAUGAACAGCAUCAACAACAUGGUCGUGGAGCAAGGAGAAACCAUUGAUAACAUUGAAGCUCACGUUGAGAGAGCAGCAGUUGAGGUCGAAUCAGGUCGAGUAAAACUAGGAGCAGCUGCCAGAUAUAAAAGAUGUAAUAGACGCCUAUCGUUCUGUAUCUUCCUGAUUAUUUUAGCUAUUGUCAUUGCCAUCAUUGUAACCAUUUUGAUCUUUACUUGUGGCGUCGCUCAUGCAUGCAAGAAAUAAAGAGAUUUUUGUUGACUGUUGAGUGGGAUCUCUAAUAUAAUUAUUAAUAAUGUGUCAUUUAUGCGUGAUUGUGUAUGUGUGUAUGUAUGUAAUUGUAAUUGAUACAUGCUGAAGUAAAUACUUUGUACACUAUUGCUAUUACUAUUAUAGUACAAUUAAUAAUAAUUAUUAUUAUCACUAUUUAUGUCGUUAAGUAUAAUGAGGAGUAA